AUGUCAGAACCCCCAGUUUUGGAGCGGUUACCCGCGGGAACAGAACUCCAGGUCGGCUCCCACAAGGCGAAAAUCGUCAACUACAUCUCUGCCGGCGGCUUUGCCCACGUGUAUCUGGUCCAGAUCAGCGAGAAGCCCGAGUUUGCCUGUCUCAAACGGGUGGUAGUGCCCAACAAACAGGGGCUUAAUCUGUUGCGCGCAGAGGUCGAGGUCAUGCAGAGGCUGGCCCAUUGCGACUAUGUGGUCAAGUAUCUGGACUCGCACGCGUCAAGAGUGCCCAACACCCACUGCUACGAGGUGCUGGUGUUGAUGGAAUUGUGUCCCAACAAAUCGCUGUUGGAUCACAUGAAUGCCCGGCUAAGCACCAAACUGUCAGAGCCGGAAAUCCUCAAAAUCAUGCUGGACAUCUCGCAGGGAGUCUACGCGAUGCACAGACUUAAACUGAUCCACAGGGACAUCAAGAUAGAGAACGUGCUGAUUGACGAUAAAUACACGUUCAAGCUGUGCGACUUCGGGUCCACAUGUCCCGUGCUGCGUCCGCCACGCAACCACCAGGAGUUUCAGAUCCUCACAAACGACCUGCUGAGACAGACAACGCCGCAAUAUAGACCUCCAGAGAUGAUCGACCUGUACCGCGGACUGCCGAUCGACGAAAAAUCAGAUAUCUGGGCUCUCGGCAUUUUCCUGUACAAACUAUGCUACUACAUCACACCUUUCGAGACGGCCGGCGAGCUGGCCAUCCUGCACACUGCCUACCGGUUUCCGUCCACCCCGCGAUACUCGACUUCGUUGAAGAGUCUCAUCAACAUCAUGCUUCAGGAGAAUCCCGUGUACCGGCCCAACAUAUACCAGGUGACGGCCGAGAUCUGCCGCAUGAUGGACAUCGACAUUCCCAAGGGCAUAGAAGACUUCUAUUUGCAGGGAGAGUACAAACACCCGCCUGCAGAGCAGAUGCACCCGCCAAUUGAGCAGUUCACGGCGAGUGUGAUCCCAAUGUUCUCGCCAUUCAAAUCGAUGCCCCAGGAUCCUGUUGUGCCAGUGGUGACGGUCGAUGCAGAGAAAUCGCAGCCCACCGAGGCGACAGGUACCUCUGUGGACCUCAAGUCGUCGCUUCCGUCCGAAGACUCGCUUGUCGACUUCAACAUGGACCGGUUCCCGGAAAUCCAGCUGAGCGGCGAGAAUAAGACGGAAAACCAGCCUGUGGAGCCCGAGCCUGAGCCCAUGCCAAAGUCGGGCUCGAAAUGGUCGUCACACAACCCGUUCCCACAGGAUUUGAUCGACCUCUCGACAGAGGACACAGACAGAGCCACAGAGCCCACAGAGGCCGAGAACCCAGGCGGCGAAGCCGUGUCUUUGCCGGCACAGCUACUGGACGGGUCGGUGGCGAGCUUCACACAGCUACAGAUCUCAGAGUCGGAGUGUGAGUCGACCCACUCAGCCUCGAAAAUAGAGGGCGGCCAAGUCAAGCCAAUAUCUGAUUCAAAAGCAAAACUAUCUAGCAUCGGGGACAAUGAAAGCGUUUCCAGCUAG